UUGGUGGGGACUGCCCAGGAGAACGUGGACAUAGACGCUAAUGGCCGUGUGCUUAAAGAGGAACAGAGGCCUAGCAUGUUCCUUCCAGCAGAACUGGACCAUGUUCUCUGUGGGAACCGGGGCUCGGAGGCCUUACGGGGCAGAGGGGGGGCAGACCCGGAGAUCCCUUCCUGGGCUAGCAUCAGUGAAGCCUAUCUGACCCCGGCAGCUACAGGUAGCCCGGGCAGCCCAAGGGGGCCGUGUGGCCAUGGAAGGAGGUCCAGAUCCAGAUGCACCGCCAUGUUCCGGCCGGCCUUUGUCUCCCCCAUUAAGCGACUUGUCUGGUCCAAAUCUGGACGCAGGCCGGCUGACCGAGGGAGCGUUUACCGGCGCCCGCUGCACACCGUGCCCCUCUACCCCCCCGACUACCUCAUCCACCCAGAGAGGCUCAUCUUUGACUACGUGGAGAAGGAAGUGAAGUUCCUGGGUCAGCUGACCUGGGUGUCCGUCUCCCUGAAUCCCUCCAGUCGGGACGAGCUUUUGCAGCUCCUGGACACAGCCCGGGUCGGUAUACUAUCCGUGAAUGACGAUGAGAUGGGUCAGCAGCUGAAGGUGCUGCCGCUGAAGACCAGCGCUGACCAGGACUGCAUCCUGAGCCUGUCGGCCCGCUGCCUGCUGCUGACCUGGAGGCACAACGAGAAGCUGCUGAUGAGGAUCCCCACGCACGAGAUCGCCGCCGCCUCCUACCUGAGAGACGACGCUCUGCACCUGCUGGUCCUCAAGACGGGUGAGGGCGCACCACCCCUCGUGUCCAGUUCACCCAAUUCAUGCGCGAGAGCUCAUCUGGACGUUCAGUUCAAGAUUUAUCUCCACACAGGACACAUGCCACCAAAACUCUAA